ACGAGAUUUGUGGUAUACUUCAGAGCAUAAAUUUGUCGAGCUCGUCGAGCUCGCGUGAAGUGAGCAAGCGUAUCGAACUAUGGGCUACCAUAUUUCUGGCCCACCGAACAAACCACCAUCGCUUGCUCCCCUCUUCGAUGGUUUCUUCAUCAACAGCUACCAGGUGAGUUCCAGACCCCUUGAUUCGAACACACAUCUACAACUCUCUUCGGAAAGGAAUAUUUUAUUUAACCGCUUCUAUUGUGUAGUCCUCGUAUUACCUAGUAGCGGCUGUCAAUGGUGAGAUUCGUUGAGGCGAAAUCAUCAGACCGCGAUGGCCUCACUACUAGCUGUUUUGUAAUCGUAGCUGCAAUCAAGGCGAACGGAGUACCUGUGCUCUAUACAAAAGAGCUCCUGCACCAGCAUCAAAACCUGGUAAACCUGGCCUUCAUCCGGCUACCGGAGCACCGAUUACGCCCUUGCUCACCACUGAUGAUUUCUGGUUUUUGCUGCCGGAUGUUGUCUAGUGGAGGCCAGCAAUCGCGACCGGAAAAAAAAAUGAGAUCUGGUGGCGGAAGGAAUGGAGAAGAGGAGAGGCAGAAGACGAGUUGGGGGGAAGAUGAUAAGGAGAUGGCUGUGUGAUUUUUGACCGGGAGAGAGGCGGCUAGUGCGAUGGCAGAUAGAUCUAAACGUUGUUGUUGCUGGGAGGGACAGAUAAGCCGCGCUACGGAGGAAAUUUAGAUUUAUUUAAUUAUUUUAAAUUUGUUAUUUCUUAGCUGUUUUUUACCUUUUUACCCCUCCGAAAAUUGAUGUUACUAUAACAACACAAGGGGUGUUGUUAUUGUAUCCGCUCCCUUUGCUCGGCCUGUCUCUUGCCCGUGCCAAAUAAGGACAAUCAGCUGAGGUGGAUGAGUGCUUGGAAGUGGCGAGCAGCUAAUCGUAUAUGUCAUUUUCUCUAGCUGACUUUGCACGAUCACCUCAUGACGAACUGUGACAAAAAGCAAAGGAAGUUGGAAGAUACAUGCGACUUAUGCGAGUUGGAACUUGAAAUUGUGGAGCAUGUCCUUCAAAAGUGUCCACUAGCCAAACAGGUACGGCAAAAUCUUGGUCCCAUAGAAUCAUCUCUCACAUACGGACUGGAAGUUGCAAGAUGGAUGACGACAGACAUUAUGAACACGAAGACCGGGUUGUUUUUUGGAGUUGUUGCUUGGUACAUGUGGAAGAUGAGGAAUGACUGGAUCUUCGAGCAUAAAUUCCAGGAAGCUAUGACUCUUGUGCACUGGAUUCAAUGUUGGACGUCAACUGUCAGACAUGCACAAGAGAGAAGUAAGCAGUCAGUAUAAAAACCAGGUAAACCAGACAGGAUUUUUCGUGGGAGGCACCACCUCAAGGUUGGAUAACGAUAAACUCGGAUGGGUCAGUGCAGCACCCCAACUCGAAAGCGGAUGUUGAUGGUCUUAUGCGCAAUCACCUUGUUAAAUGUGUGGGAGCUUUCAAAAUUGCUAACCUGCGGGUUUGCACUAUCAAGAGGGAAGAGAUCAUUGGAGCUAUCACGUGUCUUCAAACAACUUGAAAUUAAGAAUAAAGGAAGGUCCUUCUUUGUCUAGACUCUAACACAUACAACCUUGCUCGUCGUUUGCAGAAACUCUUGCAACGUAACUGUGAGGUUCAAAUCUCUCAUUCCUAUCGAGAAUGCAAACAAAGCAACAUAUGAUAUCACUAUGGGCAGUGUCCCAAUAUUCUUUUAUUUAAGUAUCAGGCAUGGGCUCCCUCUUAACGUCACAUUUCCUAUUCAUUAAUGUAUGACACUUUAGGAACCCCUACCUCAGCUGAACAACAACACAUGUAAGGUGCCUUAAUCUGUUAAAAAAAAUUGUAUCAAUUC